GUCAGACAGUCUGCUGUCACUUGCAGUGUGACAGCUGACGCGUAACCUGCGGUUGUGAGUGUAUAUUUUUGUGAAUGAAACUUUGUAGUUGGUACAUUUUAUGAUGAAAAGUUUUCAAACUUGAUCAUUAUUGAUGUUAUAUAUUUUUUGGUAGCUAUAUUAUAAUACAAAAUGAACUAUAGUAACCUGUUUUUGUGCACGUUAUUCAUAAUCUUGGUACAGGAAGUUCAAAGUUUACAUAAACGUUGCAUAAGAUGUAGAUCACGAGGAGAUCUGGGAACAUGUGGGGAUCCCUUUCCUAUAAAUGUGACUGAAACCAUAGUAGAACAAGGGCUUCAUGUUGUGGCCUGUCCCUCGGGAUGGUGUGGCAAGUUGCUUGAAGGCACUGUGGGAGCAUUUCGGACUGACGAUUAUGGCACUGCAACUGAAAGGAUGUGCCUCCAAAGACCCCCAAGUGAUUAUGAAGAAAGAUGUGCUUAUACAAUGUGGAAUCGCAAGAAGGUUUACAUGUGUUUCUGCAAUGGUGACCUCUGCAAUGCUGCAACUGGAGUCUCGACCUACCCACUCAUGCUUAUGGUAGUGGUUUUAAUACCUAUAUUUAAUUAUUUCAUUUAAAAACUGACUCAAAAGACUUUGUGAUAAAUAAUGUCACCUUAUUGUCUACACUUCGUAGGUGUGACAUUAAAACACUUGUACUGUUAGAAUAAAAUGCUUACCAUCAGCUUAAAAAAAGUCAGCAAUGCUAGAAUAGCAUGAAAAAAUAUAUAGAACAUCAUUACUGACAAUAAUAUUUGAAUGAAUUCUAGGUCACUAUUUACCAGCUCUACAAGAGCUUAGUCUAGCAAUAUCACUAGUAUUAAAUAUUAUAUCACAAAAAUGAUUAGAUGUUAAAUCAAAUAAAUACUUUUAUGUUUACUAUUCCGUCCAAUUAUAGUAUUUAUUUUAAUCUUUUGUCUUGCGGCAUGCAAUACAAAAUAGAAAACACAUUGUGUCUCGCAUAGAUGUGCUCUCUGGUAUAUCAUGGGUUAAAUUCUACUUUAAUUAUAUUCAGUCACUUGAAA